CAAACUUCAUCAUGUUUACUUCCCGUUCAAUCAUCUUUGCGCUGCUCAGCUUCCUCGUUGGCGUCAAUGCCGCCAAGUGUGUACAGUGCCCAGCCACAGUGUGGGACAACGGUACUACCAGGAAAUUAACCAAGACCAGCCCAGGCACGGUCACAGUGUGCACUUACGGACCAGUAUCCUGUCGGUAUCUUACUUCGAGCCGCCAGAUUGUCGGUGGAGCUCAGGCUUGUCCGCUUACGGCAGAGCCGAAGAAUUGCUGAACGUGAUGUCAAGAGGUGGGGGAGAGGAGAGGAGACACCCAUCAGGAGGAACAAUGUUCGUGUGCAGACAGGGUGAAGUGGUGUAUGCCAGUACUUAGACCACUAUCUGUUACGAGAAUUACCAAAUACUCAGUCGCGUCUUGCCUUGGCCGAUUGCAUUAUCCCAAUCCCUUAUUAGAACAUAGAAUCGUCUCUUGUUGACCAUGAACCUUCUGCGAAAGACCAAAAGUCAAAUGUCGCGCAGGAUUUGUGGCAUCUUUGAGGCGCCCGUGGAUGAGCGUGCAUAUAUCUGACGAGAAACGUGAAGCCAAG